CAGAGAAGGUUGGACAGUGAAACCAUCAUCUGGAAAUCGGUCGGGUCAGGGGAGCUUUGACAUAUCAUCAGAUCUGAAACUGGUCAGUGGUGUGGAACCUUCCAUCAGAACCAAUCUUUCCAAAGGUUCGGCUGUGGGUGAUCGGUCAGGGUGAGACUGGGAAGAAGUGUGAGUGGCUCCAAGGUUGGUGAGAGCUUCAGUCAUUCAUCAAACCUCAUGAACCACUGACUCAUUCCUACAGGUGAGAGGCUGUUCAAGUGUGAGGUGUGUGAGGAGGGAUCCACAAGCUCAUAAAAUCCCCUAACACACAGGGUGCAUGUGUUGUACCUGAGCUGUCUGGCAACAUGGAAGAGAAACCAUUCACGUGUGAGGUGUGUGACCAAGCCUUCACUCGGUCAUCGACUCUCCUGCAACACCAACGCAUUCAUACUGGGGAGAAACCAUUCAAGUGCGAGGUAUGUGACAAAUCAUUCACGCGGUCAUCGGUUCUCUGUGCACACCAACGCACUCAUACAGGGGAGAAACCGUUCAAAUGUGAGGUGUGUGACAAAUCAUUCUCACAGUCAUCGAUUCUACGCGCGCACCAACGCAUUCACACAGGGGAGAAGCUGUUCACAUGCAACUUGUGUGACAAAGCCUUCACAUUGUCAUCAAGCCUCCUGAGACAUCAGACAGUCCACACAGGGGUGAAACCCUUCAAGUGUGAGGUUUGUGAUAAAGCUUUUGCAACAUCUACAAGGCUCCUGAUACACCAGAGCAUUCACACCGGGGAGAAACCCUUCAGGUGUGAGGUUUGUGAAAUGACGUUCACCCAAUACUGCCAUCUCUUGUGUCACCAGAGGAUUCACACAGGGGAGAAACCUUUCAAGUGUGAGGUGUGUGACCGAGCCUUCACACAUCCAUCAACACUCGUGCAACACCGGCGCAUUCACACAGGGGAGAAACCAUUCACAUGCGAGGUGUGUGAGAAAUCAUUCUCAGAUUCAUCGACCCUCCGCGCACACCGACGCAUUCACACAGGCGAGAAACCAUUCACAUGUGAUGUGUGUGACAAAUCAUUCUCACAGAUAUCAAACCUCCGUGCACACCAACGCAUUCACAUACGGGAGAAGUCAUUCAUGUACAAAGUGCAUGACAAAUGAUUCUUGCAGUCAAUGACCCUCCAAGACCACCAAUUUAUUCACAUAGGUGAGAAGCUGUUCACGUGCAAGUUUUGUGACAAAGCCUUCACACACUUGUUGAUGCUCUGGGUCCAUUAGAGGAUCCCUUCAGUGGGGGGUAGCCCUUCAAUUGUGAGAUUUACGAGGAAGUUCUCCUGACAUCUUCGCACCUCCUGAACAGCAGUGGAUUCACACAGGAGAGAAACCAUUCAGAUGUGAGGUGUGUGACAAGCCUUUUACACAGUCAGUAUAUCCCCUGGUCCACCAACAUACUCACACAGGGGAGAAACCCUAUUGGUUUGAGUUCUGAAA